AUGCAAAAUACAACACUGGCUGAGGCAUUGGGCAGUGGCGACAAAAAGGAGAAAGUACAGAAAGCAACGCAAGGCAUUGAGAGUAAGGGGGAUCAGCACAAAUUCAUCCUGUCAAAUAGGGCGUUUGUGGAGCUCAGCUUUUACUUGCAAGCCCCCAAAGAGAUUUCGGACAACAAAGAACCCCACAAGCCGUUGUUCUCGGGCAAAGCUAACAUGGAAGAGCUGCUGACUAAGAGGGAGCCCAAGCAUGCCAUGAAAAUCAUUUUGGAAUUGUUGAAAGUUUGGUAUGACGAGUUGAGCAAUUUGAAAGGAUGCGGCUUCAUGGCCUUUUGCACCGUCUGGGCGUACUGA